UAAGCUUCCAUCGAUCAACUCAUCACUUCAUAUCCAACUCUAUCUCACUUAGCCUGAGCUGAGCAAUGGGGCUACUCCGGCGAGGUAGUAGCGGCGGCGGCGCCGUGCUCGUGGUGGUGGUGUGUGUAGGCUGCAUUGCGGCGACGGCGAUGGCGGCGGCGGCGGGCGGCGGCGGAGGAGGAGGGGAGUGUCCCAAGUACAAGGACUCGAAGCAGCCGCUGAACAAGAGGAUCGACGACCUACUCCGGCGGAUGACGCUGGCGGAGAAGAUCGGCCAGAUGUCGCAGAUCGAGCGCGAGAACGCCACCUUCGACGUCAUGCGCAACUACUUCAUUGGGAGCGUGCUGAGCGGCGGCGGCAGCGUGCCGGCGGCGCAGGCGUCGCCGGCGGCGUGGGUGUCGAUGGUGAACGAGAUGCAGCGCGGCGCCAUGGCGACGCGCCUCGGGAUCCCCAUGAUCUACGGCAUCGACGCCGUCCAUGGCCACGGCAACGUCUACAAGGCCACCAUCUUCCCCCACAACGUCGGCCUCGGCUGCACUAGGGACCCGGAUCUGGCGAAGAGGAUCGGCGCGGCGGUGGCGGCGGAGGUGAGGGCGACGGGGAUCCCGUACGUGUUCGCGCCAUGCGUGGCGGUGUGCAGGGACCCGAGGUGGGGCCGCUGCUACGAGAGCUUCAGCGAGGACCCCAGGGUGGUGCAGCGCAUGUCCUCCAUCAUCUCCGGCUUCCAGGGCGAGAUCCCUCCCGGCGGCCGCCGCGGCGUCCCCUUCGUCUCCGGCGGGAGGCCGAGCGUGGCGGCGUGCUCGAAGCACUACGUCGGCGACGGCGGCACGACGCGCGGCAUGAACGAGAACAACACGGUGGCGACGCUCCGGGAGCUGAUGACGGUGCACAUGCCGCCCUACUACAGCGCCGUGGCGCAGGGGGUGUCCACGGUGAUGGUGUCCUUCUCCAGCUGGAAUGGCGUCAAGAUGCACGCCAACCACUUCCUCAUCACCGAUUUCCUCAAGUCCAAGCUCCGCUUCAGGGGAUUCGUUAUCUCGGAUUGGCAAGGGCUUGACAGGAUCACGACCCCAGCACAUGCAGACUACAUGUUGUCCAUCAAGCUGGGUAUCAUGGCUGGCAUCGACAUGGUGAUGAUCCCGUUCACGUACACGGAGUUCAUCGACGACCUGGCGGCGCUGGUGAAGAACGGCACGAUCCCGAUGAGCCGGAUCGACGACGCCGUUCGCCGGAUUCUCCGGGUGAAGUUCACCAUGGGCCUCUUCGAGCGCCCCUACGCCGACCUCAGCCUCGCCGGCGAGCUCGGGAAGCAGGAGCACCGCGACCUUGCUCGCGAUGCCGUGCGCAAGUCGCUCGUCCUCCUCAAGAACGGCAAGCCCGGCGACGCGCCGCUGCUGCCGCUGCCGAAGCGGGCGCGCUCCAUCCUCGUCGCCGGCGCCCACGCCGACGACCUCGGCAGCCAGUGCGGCGGCUGGACCAUCACCUGGCAGGGCCUCGCCGGGAACGACCUCACCGCCGGCGGCACCACCAUCCUCGACGGCAUCCGCCGCGCCGUGGAUGCCGCCACGGAGGUCGUCUUCGCCGAGGCGCCCGACGCCGGCUUCAUGCGGCGGAACGCGGGGAGGUUCGACGCCGCCGUGGUCGUCGUCGGCGAGCCGCCGUACGCCGAGACGCUCGGCGACAACCUGAACCUGACCAUCCCGGCGCCGGGGCCGAGCGUGAUCCAGAACGUCUGCGGCGGCGGCGUGAGGUGCGUGGUGGUGGUGGUCUCCGGGCGGCCGCUGGUGAUCGAGCCGUACAUGGACGCCAUCGACGCGCUGGUGGCGGCGUGGCUGCCGGGGACGGAGGGGCAGGGCGUCAGCGACGUGCUGUUCGGCGACUACGAGUUCACCGGGAAGCUGGCGAGGACGUGGUUCCGGUCGGUGGAGCAGCUGCCGAUGAACGUCGGCGACGAGCACUACGACCCGCUCUUCCCAUUCGGAUUCGGACUCGAGACCCGCAAAGCUAAUUAAUUAACCCCUUAAUUAAUCAGGGGUUAGGCUAAUUAAUCUCGAUCAUCAACGAUAAUCGCAUGCAUUAAUUACGACUUCGGUUAAUUUAGUUGCGUGGUUAAUUACGAUCCAACUCGGGAGGAGUACUAGCGUGCAUGAGUCAUGUCAGGUCAAGGAAUAAAACAAUUUAGUUAAUGUACUUGUAAUCAAGUGUACUCCUCCGAAUUUACUAUUCUGAAAUUUACUUUGACUUUAAGUAAAUUUGUCAGUGUAACACAUGUGGAUUUAACCAUUCCGUUUUGCCAAAUUGUUUUGAAUAUUUUGUAUGCCGAAGUAAACUCAAAAGCACGCAAACUAAUGCAAAUAUUAUGGGUAUUUUAUCAGGGAAA